AUGAACUUCACAGUGGGUUUCAAGCCGCUGCUAGGGGAUGCACACAGCAUGGAUAACCUGGAGAAGCAGCUCAUCUGCCCCAUCUGCCUGGAGAUGUUCUCCAAGCCGGUGGUGAUCCUGCCCUGCCAGCACAACCUGUGCCGGAAGUGUGCCAACGACGUCUUCCAGGCCUCGAACCCUCUGUGGCAAUCCCGGGGCUCCACCACCGUGUCUUCCGGAGGCCGUUUCCGCUGCCCAUCUUGCAGGCAUGAGGUUGUCCUGGACCGGCAUGGCGUCUACGGCCUGCAGCGAAACUUGCUGGUGGAGAACAUUAUCGACAUCUACAAGCAGGAGUCUUCGCGGCCACUGCACUCCAAGGCUGAGCAGCACCUCAUGUGCGAGGAGCACGAAGAGGAGAAGAUCAAUAUCUACUGCCUGAGCUGCGAGGUGCCCACCUGCUCUCUCUGCAAGGUCUUUGGUGCCCACAAGGACUGUGAGGUGGCCCCACUGCCCACCAUUUACAAACGCCAGAAGAGUGAGCUCAGCGAUGGCAUCGCGAUGCUGGUGGCGGGCAAUGACCGUGUGCAAGCCGUGAUCACGCAGAUGGAGGAGGUGUGCCAGACCAUUGAGGACAACAGCCGGCGGCAGAAGCAGCUGCUGAACCAGCGGUUUGAGACCCUGUGCGCGGUGCUGGAGGAGCGCAAGGGCGAGCUGCUGCAGGCGCUGGCCCGCGAGCAGGAGCUGAAGCUGCAGCGCGUUCGGGGCCUCAUCCGCCAGUACGGGGAUCACCUGGAGGCCUCCUCCAAGCUCGUGGAGUCCGCCAUCCAGUCCAUGGAGGAGCCACAGAUGGCGCUCUACCUGCAGCAGGCCAAGGAGCUGAUCAAUAAGGUCGGGGCGAUGUCCAAGGUGGAGCUGGAGGGGCGGCCGGAGCCGGGCUACGAGAGCAUGGAGCAGUUCGCCGUGAGCGUGGAGCACGUGGCCGAGAUGCUGCGGACCAUCGACUUCCAGCCGGGCGCGGCCUGGGAGGAAGAGGACGAGGAGGCGGCGCUGGAUGGAGACGAGGGCGGCGCGGGGCCCGAGGAGGAGCGGCCGGAAGGCCUGCACUGA